AGCCUACCUUUUCUUCCCACGGCCGGCAAACACCUCGCCGGCGGCGCUUGGCAAUGGCGUACCGGGUACUAGAGGUCGCCCUAGUCUCCGCGAACGACCUCAAGAAGGUGACGCACUUCUCCCGGUUGCGCGUCUACGCAGUCGCUUCCAUCUCCGGUGGCGAUCCCCGCAUACCCACCCACAGCACCCUCACCGACCACGUCAACGGGUCCAACCCCGCCUGGAACGCGACGAUCCACUUCCCCAUCCCGGCGGCCGCAGACACCCGCGGCCUCGCGCUCCACGUUAGGCUCCGUGCCGAGCGUGCCUACUUCGGCGACCGCGACGUCGGCAAGGUGUUCGUGCCCCUAGACGACCUCCUGGCCGGCGCCGACAAGGGCGGGGUGCCGAGGCCCGUGAGCUACCAAGUGCGCAGGCCGCACUCCGGCCGCGCCCACGGCGUGCUCUACUUCUGCUAUAAGUUCACCGACGUCCCGGCCGCCGGCCUCCCGGAGCCGGCCGAAGCCAAACAAGGACAGUACGCCAAAUACGUGCAGGACUCCGAGAAAGCAGCGGACAGGACGAUGUCGCCGCCCACCGCGUACCCGCCGCCGCAGGCCAUGCCAUCCGGGUACCCGCCGGCGCAGUACGGGUAUGGCUCGCCGUACGCGGCGUACCCGCCGCACGAGCAGCAGCCUUACGCGUACGCUGCUCCGCCACCGUACGGGUAUAAUGCUCACCAUCAACCGGCGAUGUACGGGUACGGCUACGCGCCGGCGCCGGCGAGGCAUGGUGGGGGCAUGGGGAUGGGGCUCGGCCUCGGGCUCCUAGGCGGCGCCGUCGGGGGGAUGAUGAUCGGGGAGAUGGUCGGUGACUACGAGGCCGACGCCGCCUACGACGCCGGGUUCAACGACGCGUUGGAAUUUUAGAUCUUG